UGAACGGCGAGAGCGGCGCCCCGGCGCGAGUCUUGGCGGCUGCUUCGGUUUCUCCUGGUCGCCCUCUUCCUCCGGCGGCCCCUCCCGCGGCCAUGUUGGCGGAGCAGGAGAACCAGGAGAACGUUCCUCCAGGCGCCAAAGCGCCUCCGCCAGCCGCCGGCGGCACCCGCGUGGUGCUGGGGCUGCUGAGGAACACCCAGCAGCGGACCGGGCUCCUGCCGCAGACGGGGCGGCGAGGCGGCGAGGGCCAUGGCGCGGCGGCGGGGCGGCCCGGCGGCGGGCAGCAGCCCUUCGCCAUCCAUGUGGACGAGCCGGACGGGGAGCAACAGCAGCGGCGACGGGAUAGCCCAGCGACCAGAAAAGAGGAGGCCUCAUUGGGUCUUCGUGCGGCUGUCUGCACCCUCGGGGAGCGGCGGCCUCUGGCACCCCUGGGCAACGCCAUGGAGCUGAGCUUCGAUUCUCCAAGUAUUAUGGAUAUUUCAAUAACCUCAGAAGCAGAAGAGAAAAAAACAAAUGUUAAUAACAUGCCAGACUAUAUCAGCGAUAUCCAUGCAUACCUUAGGGAAAUGGAGGUGAAGUGCAAGCCUAAAAUGGGUUACAUGAAGAAGCAACCUGAUAUUACAAACAACAUGCGGGCUAUUCUUGUGGACUGGCUGGUGGAAGUUGGAGAAGAAUACAAAUUGCAGAAUGAAACCCUGUACUUAGCUGUAAAUUACAUUGAUAGGUUUCUUUCUUCCAUGUCUGUUUUGAGAGGAAAACUUCAGCUUGUGGGUACUGCGGCUAUGCUGCUUGCAUCGAAAUUUGAAGAAAUCUACCCUCCUGAAGUAGCAGAGUUUGUCUACAUCACAGAUGACACCUACACCAAGAAGCAGGUUCUAAGAAUGGAGCACUUAAUUUUGAAGGUUUUGUCAUUUGACUUGGCAGCUCCAACAAUCAACCAGUUCCUCACUCAGUAUUUCCUGCAUGAACAGACAAAUCCUAAAGUGGAGAGCCUAUCAAUGUACCUUGGGGAGCUGAGUCUAAUUGAUGCUGAUCCUUACCUGAAAUACUUGCCAUCAGUUAUUGCUGCUGCAGCGUUUCAUCUAGCAGGCUAUACAAUCACUGGACAAACUUGGCCUGAAUCUUUGUGCAAAGUAACAGGCUACUCCCUUGAGGACAUCAAGCCUUGCCUCCUGGACCUACACAAGACCUACCUCAAAGCAGCACAGCACACACAACAGUCCAUAAGAGAAAAGUACAAGAGUACAAAGUACCAUGGAGUAUCGCUUAUUGACCCACCAGAGACACUAAAUAUAUUGUAAUAAUCAAGAGACUGUUCUUACUAUGUAUAUUACAAGAAAAUAAUGUACAGUUUUAAACAUGGCUCAAAACUGCAGAUGUGAUCACUCGGAGUAUUAAUACAGGCUUUCAUGAGCUCUUAACUAUAGUUUUACGUGUUUUUAAUGUAAAUCUUUUGUACAUGCAGUCUUGUUAAAAUAUUUAGCUGGGAUUUUAUGCAAGUGUUCUCUUCAAGCACAGAAUUAACCAUGCAAAGUCUGAUCAACUGAAGUCUGAGACAGCUUAUCUAAUUAUAGACUAAACAUUAAUAUUAGCAGUGCAUUAUAAUAGUAGGGCCUUGCCUCCUUCCGGGUAAGAAUGACUUGGACUCCACAGCAGUAUUGGUAGCUUUUUUUUGAAUAGUGUCUAAACUGAGACUUGAUAUAGGUUCCAAAACAUGGUUUAAUGGCUGUAAUGCUGGAAGAAACUGUAUAGCUAUGAGGAGAAAACAUUGCUGGAAUCAAUGCUGGUGAGACACUUUACAAUGUGCCAGCCACUGGAAGUCUUUAUUUCUGUGUAAUGUAAUGUCAGAUUUCCAUCAGGUUAAAGUUUGAAUGCUUUGCUGGAGGGGACUGCACAGCUAGAACUGCCUACAUCAGGUCAUUCUUCUUUCUUCCAGUAGAAAAUGGUCUUGUAAUAGUUUUUUUUUUUGAGUCAAACUGUAAAACUAAUAGUAAUUUAAACUCAUGGAGUUCCUACUGCUAUGUUAGCUGUCCUGAAAGCCCAUUAAUAUCUAUUACAAUUAGUCAUUGGUCUGCUGAGUGCCUCUUUAGGGGCAGUAGAGGGAUUAAACUGCAAGAGGGUGAAGUGAAGCUCCAUGUCCUCAAGAGCAGGGGAUGUUUUCUGGUGUGGAUGGGCUGUGUAUGGAAUGGUACCAAUUCUGUACACUUCUCUUGUAAAGGAAUGUUCCCCUGUGGCACGCAGCAAAAAUGUAGCCAACUGGUCUUACUUUUCCUUAGUUCUGGAACUGUUACAGGAGCAAGCUAGCACCUAGCACCAAGCUAGCACAAUUGGCAUUAGAUUGAGUGGAUGUUCCCCUUCGACCCAUGUAAAUGGAGUGGUGCUGCCCUGUAUGUGCUGUUCUUUGUGUGUAAAGCAGUGAGUACAUGUAAGUGGAUUAACUGAGCCACUUCCAGGUUUGCUAAUAAACCUUUUUUUACAUCUGAUGUUAAUGGUCUUGCCAAUACCUUAAAACCAGUGAGGGGUAAUGCUACCAUCUUAAACUGGCAUUCAUUUUUUAAGUUUUUUGGCAAGGGCUGCCCUGUGAAACCUGUGCCUCUUCAACUUGAAGUUAAUUCUACACUGUCUGGACACCCAGCAGGUGCUGGGAUAGACUCUUUACAGGUGUUGAACAGCUGUUAUGGUGUGGGCUAUUGAAAAGAAACAUUAAACAAUUGUAAUUUCUCUGUCAAAGCUGAGAAGCACAUAUUACAGUGAGACAACUUGCACAUCUCAACUUGAGAACUAAAAAUUUGCUGUUCUGCCCCUACCCCUGUGCUGUAGUCUGAGCCCUCCACAAACCAGCUCUAUUACAAAACUGACCCAAGUGGCAGUGGCUUCCCUGGUCCUAAUAAAAGAAUGCAGCAGAAGCUGCCUUUUUUGGCCAGCCUGAGAUUUUAAGGAUGUGCUUUGACUUUUAGAAUGUUCUAACAUUUAAUUAACGUUUCGUUGGUCUAUCAUGCUUUCCAAUAGCCUUUCAGUUUAAUUUCAGUAGGUUGCUACUGAAAGGCUAAAACUAGUUGGGAGGAAAAUGUGCAAUAGAUCCUGUGUGGUGCUCAGUGUUAGAAAUGCUGUUACCUUGCAGAAGAGGGAGUCUGUAUAUGCGGGAAUGUGUUUGCCACAGUUUGUGAACUUGGAAGGGCAACUCAGAAUAGACUGUUAUGCUUUGAAGAUGACAGAGCACAGUAUUCUUCAUGGGAAAUCACUGGGUUCUGCCUUCCCCCCCUUUUUUUGUGGCAUAUUACUGGAAACUUUCCAAGAUCACUGACAAAUAUGAACAUUGGAAGAGGAGUAACUUAUAGGAAGCUAAUCAAUAUUUUUCCCCAGAGAAAUGCAGCAGCAGUACUUAAAUGACAGGACUCUGUGGUUUAUUGUAUUUCUUACUGCUUAAUGAAAUGCCUCCUUGCUCCAUUUUCAAUGGAAGCUGUUCUGUUACUGUUUCCAUAGGCCAAAGAAAUGUUCUCCCUUGUUCUUGAGCUCUGUUUUCAGGUAUACCACUAAGACUUCCUCUUCAGCCUAAAACAGUGCUUCAGGCAUGGGUUGGUGCCUCUGCCCCCCUUGUUACUGACACCUCUUGCAGCUGCAGCAAGCACCAUCCUCUCCCACCCUCUAAUUUUCUGAAGUUAAUAUAGGCUGAUUCCAGCUCUUAAACUUUCAACAAAAUACUCCAGGUUGUACUGUACUACUGUUUUGCUUAUCCAGUUUAACUCCUCCUACUCCCUUCAAUGUAAAGCUUCUAAGCAAUGUAGGGUAUGAGAUGUUGUGUGGGAAGAGAAACAGCAAUACAAAGAAGUUUAAGGUCUUGUGGCACUUUAGAAGUAACAAGAAACUGAACCUUCCCUCAUUCCUAUAUUCCCAACAGCAACUUUGGGUUGGAAGAACCAACAUGAGAAAGAUGUGGGGGUUUAGUUCUGGUUUAACUCCUGGAGGAACAGGGCUUUCUAGUUUUGUCCCUUUCUGGAGAGCACAACUGGAAUAGAACUCUACUUGGCCAGAAAGCAUUCUUUUUUAUUUUUUAACAUUAAAUUCUAAACUUGAUUUAGGGAAUGUAACAUCUGCAGCAGUGACUCAGCUCAUGUUUCUAUGUAAUAAAAUGCUAAGGUCACACGUAAAGUAGUCCUACUUGGCUCUUGUAAAUAUGUGCAUGUUUCCAGAUAGACUUGCUUUUUGAACAAGAGUUGGAUAUGUUGGAAACUUCCCUGUCUCUUUGGUUUGCACAACUUACAUCCAGAGCAGAAUUCUUUGACUAGAGCUCAAGAAGCAUUCUUGUCUGUUGCAUAUAAUAUUUAAUUAAAUUUUCUAAGAAACUCCA